GCUAUUGUUGUUCUGGUACUCUUGGGUGGCGUCUUUGCAGGUCUUACUUUGGGUCUUAUGGGACUCGACCAAACAAAUCUUCAUGUCAUGGUCGAGUCGGGUACCGAGAAAGAGCGUACAAAUGCGCGUAAGGUGUUACGACUCUUGGAUCGAGGCAAACAUUGGGUACUUGUUACUUUAUUAUUGUCGAAUGUCAUUGUCAAUGAAACGCUUCCAAUUAUCCUGGAUUCCGUGCUCGGUGGUGGAUGGCAGGCCAUUCUAAUCUCGACAGCUCUUAUUGUUAUUUUUGGAGAAGUCAUUCCCCAAUCGGUUUGUGUACGCCACGGAUUGGCCAUCGGCGCCAAGUGCUCAGUGCUGGUCUUGCUGUUAAUGUACUUUAUGUAUCCGGUCGCCUACCCUACAGCACUAGCCUUAGAUUAUUUCCUCGGUGAAUCACAUGGCACAGUGUAUAAAAAAGCAGGUCUCAAAUCAUUGGUAUCUCUUCAUCGAAACGACGGUGAAGACGCAGAAGGACUCACAGAAGACGAAGUGUUGAUUAUUGGAUCCGUUCUCGACCUGGGAGCAAAGCCUGUGUCACAGGUUAUGACACCUAUUGAGGAUGUGUUUACCAUGCCCGUCGAUGCGAUCAUGGAUAAAGAAACUGUAGAUAAGAUCCUCUCAGCUGGCUAUUCCCGUAUUCCAAUCCGCGCGGUGGAUGAUAAAUCAAAUUUCAUUGGGAUGUUGCUGGUUAAAAAGCUUAUUACAUAUGAUACCGCAGAUGAGUUACCAGUGGGUCAUUUUCAGCUUAGCCCAUUGCCAGAGACAGCACCCGACACAAGUUGUCUGGAUAUCCUGAAUUUCUUUCAAGAAGGACGAAGUCACAUGGCGUUGGUAUCGACAAAUCCAGGCGAAAAAGGUGGUGCUAUGGGCGUGAUCACUCUGGAAGAUGUCAUUGAAGAAUUAAUUGGAGAGGAGAUUAUUGAUGAAACCGAUGUCUACGUUGAUGGUAAGGAGCAAUCAUGCAAACAUUUCCAAUGGCUUGUUAGAUAACACAAAGAAAACGCGUUUUUGUAUAUCAAUUAGUCCACAACAAAAUAAAGGUGAC